UUGACGAUACACGAGGCAAGACAAUUCUUCGAUUUAUCAUAUGCAAAUGUAGCCCAUUUGAUCUGUAUAAUAUGUUGGACGGUGCGGCUGAUUUGUCGAGCCACGUCAAUGGAAUCGUGAGCUCCAACUGGGUCAUUUUCUGUAAGCGGAACUGGCGAUGCGGGAUAAUCCAGAAAUUGAGUUAAGGUGCUGCAUUAUGUGCUAACCUAGAAGUACAAAGGGUGUUGUCGAUUAAGAUAGCAGGACGGCUAAAUAACUGUUCUUAGAUCCAUUAACUUGCACACAUACACAAUAUUGUAUAUUCUUAUCCUGAUGAACCAACUUAGUGAUUAAGUUUUCUCUCAUUGGCAUUUGGUUUGACUAGCUUCAAAACAGGAAAGGUCCUCCUCAAUUUAAGAUAUCUGAGAGAGAGAGAGAGAGGGUGAGAGAUUAGAGGGGAGUCUCAUCUUUAUUUUCUCCCCUAUUUUUAGCCACAUUAACGUCUGGUACAAAUUCUUCACUGAUAUGGGAGGAACAAAACAGCUACUGAAUGUUUUUCACUUGUAGAAGAGAGAACCACCAGAUUAUAUUGUUCAGAAGCUUUGGUCAAACACAUUUCCGCAGUUAUUGUUUCCUACAACCAAAAAGCAAAAGGAAAGAAGCAUUGAGCUCUUGUCACAGAGAAGAAAGAAUGUGGGUCGGAAAGAGUCAUGUGGAGAAGAGAACCAGUGCCAGGAACGGAUUAGUCGCCGUUGCCGUCGACAAGGACAAAGGCAGCCAAUGUGCCAUCCGAUGGGCUGGCGAUAAUCUCCUCUCCAGGGGCCAAACUGUCAUCCUCAUUCAUGUUCAUGGCGACUCCUCUCUUUCAUCCCCCCAACAGAAGCAGAACCUUGACAAGCCAACCAAGGACCUGUUUCUCACCUUCCAUUGUUAUUGCACUCGAAAAGAUAUACAUAGCCUAGAUGUUGUACUGGAAGACACAGACGUGGUCAGAGCACUUACUGACUAUGUCUCUUAUGCUGCAAUUGAAUCCUUGGUUCUUGGUGCUUCAUCGCGGCAUGGCUUCAUCAGAUUAAAGUCUUCUCAUAUCCCAAGCAGCGUCUCAAAAGGGGUACCGGAUUUCUGCACCGUUUAUGUCAUCUCCAAGGGAAAGGUCUCUUCUGUGCAGCGAGCUUCUCGUCCAGCCCCUCAUGCCUCCCCUCUUCUUGAUCAAAUACAGACCCACAAAGAGAAAACAGCCGGUUCUGAAAACCACUUGCAGAACAGUUUAAGAGAAAGACCCCUACCUAGACCUCUCAGCAGGCAACACCAGUCCAUCAAGUCAACAUGGGAUAGAGGAAGGUCAACUGGAUAUGUAGCGGGAAUAAUGUCAGAACCGGAUUCUGACAUAUCAUUUGUCAGCUCGGGAAGGCCAAGUACAGAAUGCUCGUCUUCCAUGUUCUAUGACCAUAGUCCAAGGCUUUCCACCAGUCCUGAUAGGUUCUCUGUUCAUUCACUGCACAAGUUCGCCGACCUCAAUUCUCUGCAUGAAUUUUCAUCAGCUUCAUAUGACAGUGGACGGACAUCAAGUACAUCACAUAACAUGGAUGAAGUCGAAGCUGAAAUGAGGAGGCUGAAGUUAGAACUUAAGCAAACAAUGGAACUGUAUGGUACAGCAUGCAAAGAAGCACUCACAGCAAAACAGAAGGAAAUGGAGAUGCAUUGCUGGAGACUGGAAGAAGAGCGACGUCUUGAAGAGGCACGAUUUGCUCAGGAAGCUGCAUUCUCAAUUGUAGAAAAGGAGAGAGCUAAAUGCAAAGCAGCCAUUGAAGCAGGCGACGCAUCACAGAAGAUAGCAGAAUUGGAAGCGCUGAGGAGAGCCAAUGUGGAAAUGAAAGCCCUCAAAGAUGCAGAAGAGAUGAAGAAGGUCUUGGAUUCAUUAAAUCACAGUCAUGCAAGAUGUAGGAUGUACACCAUCGAAGAGAUUGAGGCUGCGACAAAUUCCUUUGAUGAGUCCUACAAGAUUGGGGAGGGAGGUUAUGGGCCAGUCUUCAAGUGUUACCUUGAUCAUACACCAGUCGCAGUUAAAGUUUUACGUCCAGAUGCAGCUCAUGGAAAAUCACAGUUUCAGCAAGAGGUGGAAGUACUUAGCCGCAUAAGGCAUCCCAACAUGGUUCUCCUCUUAGGAGCCUGCCCUGAGCACGGGUGUCUUGUGUACGAGUUCAUGGCCAACGGAAGCUUAGAUGACCGUCUUUUCAGGCGAGGCAAAUCUCCAGUUCUUUCUUGGCAACUUCGAUUCCAAAUUGCUGCAGAGGUAGCCACAGGCCUUAUGUUUCUCCAUCAGACAAAACCAGAGCCUCUAGUCCAUCGAGACCUAAAACCGGGCAACAUUUUGCUCAGUAACAACUACGUCAGCAAGAUCAGCGAUGUUGGAUUGGCAAGGCUAGUUCCUCCUUCUGUUGCUGAAAACGUGACUCAGUACCGAAUGACGUCGACUGCAGGAACCUUCUGCUAUAUCGAUCCUGAAUAUCAACAAACUGGAAUGCUUGCCGUAAAAUCUGAUGUAUAUUCUCUCGGAAUCGUGCUUCUACAAUUAAUCACGGCAAAACCACCGAUGGGUAUCACUCAUCACGUCAGCACAUUUAUAGAAAACGGGAACUUUUCGGAGAUAUUAGACCCUGACGUGCCUAAUUGGCCUGUUGAGGAGGCCUUGUGCAUAGCACAGCUAGCUCUGCAGUGUGCAGAGUUAAGACGAAAGGAUCGGCCUGAUCUUGGCACGGUGAUUUUGCCAGAGCUUAACAGAUUGAGAGAUUUCGCUGAGAAUAUACAGAAUGGCUCAUUAUUAGGUGGCGCCACCACCCCAUCUCCCGAUCACUCUCACAUUUCCAAUGCCCAGGUAAAAACAAAUUCUCUUUACUAAAAUCUGGAAACUGGCCCAAAACAUGCCCCUCCCACUAAGAUCUUUCCUUAAAGCACACUUCUAACAUAAUAAGAAGGCUUUACUUGUUUUAUAAAAUGGUG